AUGGCCACUUCAUACCAUCGUAGUCUUCUUGUUGGUUCGGUCAUUUCACCCCAACAAAACAAUGCUACCAAUGUUACAAACUCAAAAGAGAUGAAUCUCAUAGUUAAUAUUCUAUGGAUGGUCUUGUUGUGUGGAUUGAUAGUCUCUUUUGGAGUGUUUCAAGUGUUGCGUUAUGUUAUGAAAUGUAGACGUGCACAAUUGACCACACAAACAUCUGAAAACUCUGUUGGUCUUAAAAAAUCUGUCGUGACUAAGAUGGCAACACGGGUGCUCGGAUCAGAAGUGAAGAUUUUAGUCACGGAGUGCACUAUUUGUCUUGAUGAUUUUGUUGAUGGACAAAAUGUUCGAGUGUUACCACAUUGUGGCCAUGAGUUUCAUGUUGAAUGCAUAGAUAAGUGGUUUGAGUCGCAUUCUUCUUGCCCAAAUUGUCGCAAUUGUUUGCUUGAACACGCGGGUACUAGUCGUGUUGUUAUACCACCAGCCGUAGUUGUCACCUCUAGAGAAAAUAUGGUUUGA